CUAGAAACCUACCACCUAACAUGUCUCCUUCACGAUAGUGGUGCUACCCCGGAAAACCUUCGUGCAACUCUCCUAUUUUCUAAUUUCUAUAGUGAAUACCUUGCACUAAAUAUACUAAAGAGGUUUGGGAUAUCAAAAGAGUACCCUAGGAGCGUAGUAGAGGCAGUGAUUUGA